UGUGGGCACGGGUAGAGACUUUCCUUUCAAUUUUGGGAGUAUAUAAAUUGUAAGCCAUUAACGCUGCUCGUAUCUCUCACCGCUCAAUCUACGCUCCUUCUCUCUCUCUCUCUCUCUCUCUCUCUCUCUCUCUGUGCAAAACCUUUGAACAGAAUUGAAUUCCAUAGAAUAAAUCCUCUUGAUAUUAUUAGUAGUGGCAAGGGCAAAGGCAAAGGCAAAGGCAAUUGCCUCACCGGCACCGCCAAUAAUUUGCAUUCUUGAAUUCUCUUCUUCAAGAUCUGCAUUUCCCAUUAUCCAGUAGAAGCGUCAAAUCUGUGAUUCUGAUCCAUAAUUAGCUACUGCUACAAUGACCAUAACCAAUGGUGAGGUUCACACGGUAAGUACAAAUGGAGACCUAAGAAGUGACAAACCUUUCAAGAUCUUUGUGGGUUAUGAUCCUCGUGAAGAUGUUGCGUAUGAGGUCUGUCACCAUUCCAUCAUGAAGCGGUCUUCGAUUCCUGUUGAGAUCAACCCCAUCAUUCAAUCAGAACUUAGAAAGAAAAAUCUGUAUUGGCGUGAGAGGGGCCAAUUGGAAAGCACAGAGUUCUCCUUCAGCCGUUUCUUGACCCCAUAUUUGGCCAACUAUGAGGGUUGGGCAAUGUUUGUUGAUUGUGAUUUCCUAUACUUGGCUGACAUUAAGGAAUUGAGUGAUUUGAUUGAUGAUAAAUAUGCUAUUAUGUGUGUGCAACAUGACUAUACCCCAAAAGAGACCACAAAAAUGGAUGGGGCAGUGCAAACUGUGUAUCCAAGGAAGAAUUGGUCUUCUAUGGUGUUGUACAAUUGCGGCCACCCAAAGAACAAGGUGCUGACACCUGAGGUUGUGAAUACGCAAACGGGUGCUUUUCUUCAUAGAUUUCAGUGGCUUGAGGAUGAAGAAAUUGGGUCAAUACCAUUUGUGUGGAAUUUUCUUGAGGGCCAUAACAGGGUUGUGGAGGGCGACUCAACGACAUUUCCUAAAGCAAUACAUUAUACUCGUGGAGGGCCUUGGUUUGAUGCAUGGAAGAACUGUGAGUUUGCAGACUUGUGGUUGAAGGAGAUGGAAGAAUACAUGAAUGAGAAGAAGAAGGCUGCUGGAAAUUAGAUUGUAUCAGGUGUCAGCUGGUAGAGUGUUACUCUUAAAUUCGUAGUUUUAUUAGUAGAGCUUAUGCUCUUAUGUUAUAUUAAUCUAUUCUUUAUGAUGAAUUUGUUGUAUCUUAGUAUGAUGCUUCUCUAGAGUUACCUUACCACAUAGGCAUUUCUGAGAUAUGAAAGUCUUGAAAAUGUUUAUUCAUUGCUUAUUUCUUUAUCACCUUACUAGGGGUGUAAACCAUUGGUUCACUAUACAUUAAAUACAUUAACAUUUGAUUGUUCAUGAA